UUUGAAAGUAGCGGGUAAGUCAGUAGCUACGUAUGUUGAAUGGCAUCUGGAGCGGAGAUCGAGUGGGAAGUGGAGCGUAUUCUCGAUCACUGCAACCGAGGCGUAGCAACGAAGUAUCUCAUCAAAUGGAAAGGAUACUCACACGUAUACAACAGCUGGGAGCCUUUAAAGCAUUUAAAAAAUUGUAAAGAAAAGAUUAGAGAGUACCAAACGGAGUUGAAAAGACCAGGAAGGAAGAGAAAAGCGGGUUCUCCCCCAGGGGAGGGUGAUGGGGAGAGGCAGUGGGAAAUUCAGCUAAACAUCGACAGAGGACACGAAGCACCAAUAUGGAUAGAAAACAGCGCGAAUCCACCCGAGAAAUUUACGUAUAUUACACAGAAUCUGUGGGGCAACAACGUGCCUCCAACAGAUGAAAGCGUCAUUAUUGGAUGUCAUUGCCAUGACAACUGUGACAAAAGCGACACGUGCUGUCCACGUGUUUUACACGGCUCUGACUUUCCAUACACAAGAGAUGGUCUUAUACAACUCGAACUCGGACAAGCCAUCAUCGAAUGCAACGUCAAGUGUUCAUGUAACAAGAAGUGUCCGAAUAGAGUCGUACAAAAAGGAAGAAAAUUUGAAGUUGUAGUGUUUUACACAAAUAAUGGAAAAGGUUGGGGAUUGAAAUCAUUGGUUGAUAUCAAAGCUAGAGAAUUUUUUAGUGAGUAUGUUGGGGAGUUGGUGACAUCAAAGGAGGCAGAGAAGAGAGAGAAGUUAUGUGAUGAGGCUGGGAUGACGUAUCUACUCGAUCUGGAUUUUAACGAGGAUAAGAACGCAGAGUUUUCGAUCGAUGCAAAGCAAUAUGGAAAUGCAAGUCGGUUUAUUAAUCACUCGUGUGAUCCCAAUCUUGUCGCUUAUGGCUGCUGGAUCGACAAUCCUGAUCCACGACUACCACGUAUAGCUCUGUUUGCCUGCCGAGACAUUCCAGCUGGAGAGGAACUGACGCUUGACUAUGCAAUGUGUUCAUCUACUGAUACUCAAUGUCAACACAGUCAGUCCAAUACGCCACCUCCCACGCCAUUCAACAUACAGAAGUCACUUCAAAGCCACAAGAAGCGAGUGAGAUGUAAAUGUGGAUCGAGAAACUGCCGUACGUAUCUGUUCUAG